UUAUAUAAUGUAGUUGAUCAAAUGCAUUUAAUCAUUUGUAGCACUAAAAAAACAAAGUUUCCCUUUAAGGUGUAUAUUUCAUAAAUAGGCGGCCGAAAUCGUUUACUCUAUUGUCUGACAGGGUUUAUUUUGUCGACACACACAGUUUAACUCCAAUGCUUGGACACAAGAGACAUUAAUUUUAAGAAUCUUUAAGAACAUUUAUAUAUUAUUCGGUAUGGGAGAUAAGCCUUUACGAGUACUCGCAUGUGGUGACGUUGAAGGAAGAAUAAAUGCUUUGUUCAACCGGGUGAACGCCAUUCAGAAAAAGAGCGGGCAAUUUGAUUUGCUGCUGUGUGUUGGUGAAUUUUUGGGAAAUUCUCCUGAGGCUGAAGCAGAAUGGGAAGCAUACAAAUCUGGUGCCAAAAAGGCACCCAUUCACACAUACAUUCUCGGUGCAGCCAGCCAAGAGACUGUGAAGUAUUUCCCAAACUCUGAUGGCUGUGAGUUGGCAGAAAACAUCACAUGUUUGGCUUUGGCAACUGUCAACAAUCCUGCCAAAAAGAAGUAUUUGUAUGCAUUCAACAUUGUCCCGAUGAAAAACAUGGAUCCUGCAGAGUUAGUCAAGCAGCCUCAGGAUGUCACAGAAAAUCCCUACAGGAAACCUAUGAAAGAUGGGAAGAAAGAAAAACCGCCACCCUCUAUGACAGGCACAGAGGAGGAACCAGCAUCCCAGUUCUUUUUUGAUCUGGGCCAGAAUAAACCACAGCACCAGCAGCGUCACGGCAGGAAGAGACAAACAGACGGAGACGGACCUAAUUAUCCCAAACAGCCCCGAAGACCCCCACAGCCCACUGGACCCUGUUGGUUCUGCCUUGCGAGUCCAGAAGUUGAGAAGCACUUGGUCAUAAGCAUCGGAACACAUUGUUACAUGGCUCUUGCUAAGGGUAGUCUUACUCCUGACCAUGUUCUCCUGCUGCCCAUCGGACAUUACCAGUCAGUGGUGGAUUUGGCAUCGGAGGUGGUUGAAGAGAUGGAAAAAUACAAGAGUGCCAUCAAGAAGUUCUGUAAAAGCAGAGCCCAGCGGUGCAUCAUGUUUGAGAGGAACUACCGCAGCCAGCACCUUCAACUACAGGUAGUGCCGGUGCCCAUGGAGAAGUGCAGUACAGAUGACAUCAAGGAGGCGUUCAUGACACAAGCUGAAGAGCAGCAGAUAGAACUGAUGGAGAUUCCAGCUCAUACAGACCUCAAACAGAUUGCUCCUCCGGGAACGCCCUACUUUUAUGUGGAGAUGGAUACAGGCGAGAAGCUGUUUUAUCGCAUCAAGAAAAAUUUCCCUUUGCAGUUUGGCAGGGAAGUGUUAGCGAGCGAGGCGCUGUUGAACAUCCCCAUGCGUGCCGACUGGAGAGAGUGCAAAUGUACAAAAGAGGAGGAAGAGGAUCAGGCCAAACAAAUGCGCUCUGACUUUGAGCCCUUCGACUUCGCACUCGACGACUGAGCAACGUUUCAGAUACAUCGGACUUGAUCCCUUCACGUUAAUGAACUCAGUCAGUGUGUCAACUGCUUAUUUGAUCAUUUUAUGCUUUUUAAAUGUUGCACCAUAUACAUUUUCCUCUUCCUUUCAUUUGCAAACAGUUAGGAAAUGGCUGUUGUCACAGUGGUCUUUCAAAAGAUAACU